AUCAAUGUUUGCUGCAGAAGAUUGCAUUUUUCUUUCACUUUAUCUCAUUUUCUAUUUACUAAAGUGUUGCUUUUCAACCAGCUUGUGUAUAUUACAUCUUUAAUACAUUAAAGCAUAAAACAAUAAUAAUGAAGUUUGAACAGCAAAUAUCUUUACAAUCUGUUCCAUCGUGGGCCGCAUAUUACUUGGACUACAUAACGCUUAAGCGUGUUCUGUACGCCGCCAAGCAGGACACCUCUGAGAGCUUUGACAGUUCCGCUCGCUUUUUGUGCCGAGAGCAGCAAGGUCAAUGCGCGGUACGAGGAUCAACAGGCCGACGCUUGCAAAAAACUGGCUACUCUCGAGGCCCAAUGGGUGCCGAGCAUGCCCGAGGCAGAUGUCAUACGUGGAAAUCUGAAUUUGGUCUCCUGCUGUCACAGCUCGAAAUCCUCAACGAUUUUGCGCAGACCAACGUCAUGGCGUGCCGCAGGGUACUUGAAAAGGCUGACUUGAUUUCAGGACAGUCGCUGGCACAGACCAUGUGGCCCACGUUGGCCACCAUGUCCUUCGCGAGUCUUACCAGCGACCAAGUGCCGCUGCACAAGGCCCGCGCUGUCUGGCGCCGCUGCACAGCCAUCCCCGUCGCCCCAAAAUCCCUUGUCGAUAACCCAUCCAAGACAAGCGUGCGAGAAAUAACCUCGCCCACCGCCACUGUCAGCGAGUUGGACUUGAACACGUUCCCCAUUGGCAAGAUAUCGCGCGUGUGGGUUGCCCUGGCCGAGGACGGAAUGGGCCUGCCGAUCCGUGUGCCCGUCAUGAUUGCCAAGGGCACCAUGGAGGGGCCCAUUGUUGGCAUCACCGCCGCGCUGCAUGGCAACGAGCUCAACGGCAUCCCACUAAUCCACAAGCUGUUCAGGGAGCUGGACCCACAGACGCUGCACGGCAUUCUGGUUGCCGUGCCUGUGAGCAACUCUCCCGGAUACCUCCUAUCGCAGCGCGGCUACAGUGACGGCACCGACCUCAACCGCGUAAUGCCCGGAAAGCCUAAUGGCUCGGGUCCCCAAGUCUACGCGCACAACUUGAUCCAGCGCAUUGUCCGCCAUUUCGAGUACCUCGUUGAUCUGCACACGGCGUCCCGCGGCCGGAUCAAUUCGCUCUAUGUCCGCGCCAACCUGCGCGACCCACGCACUGCGCGCAUGGCGCGGCUGCAGAACCCACAGAUCAUUGUGCACAACACAAGUCCCAAGGGCUCGAUGCGCGGUGCUGCUGUGGAUCUUGGCAUUCCGGCCAUUACCGUCGAAAUCGGAGAUCCGUCGACCUUCAACGAGACGUAUGGCAGGAACGCCCUCAUUGGGGUCACCAAUAUCCUCGCCCAAAUGAACAUGCUUCCUGACGAGGAGCGUCUGACGGAGUACGAGCCGGUUGUGUGCUCACGCAGUUACUGGAUCUUUGCAAAGUCUGGAGGCAUUCUUACCGUGCAUCCUGAGCUCGCCGCAUGGGUGCGUGCGGGCGACCUGAUUGCCACAGUCCACAACGUGUUUGGCGACAUUGAGGAAGAGUACUAUGCCCCUCAAGACGGCGUCAUCGUCGGCAAACACGUAGACCCGGUGUGCCAGAGCGGGAACCGCAUCCUUCACUUGGGCGUCGUCGAUGGCGAACUGCAGGCUGUCGUGGACGAUGGCCACAUGUAAACGCGUGCAAUUGUCAAUUUAAACAACAAACUUUAUCAAUAUAUACCA